ACUUCAUUCCUCACUUAUACAUUUCCAGCUCAACGUUUUUACCUGAUUCACAAUCCAACACGCCAAGCUGCUAAAAUCCCCAGAAAAAAAAAUUACGAAUACUUUAUUCAUCUUCAAAAAUGGAAGUAAAAAUCAUACUAAAAGUAAUCCUAAUUCUACUCCAAUUAUUCAAAUGGGCUAUGAAUACCACCGUAUUGGUUUUGUAUCGAGCAGGAGACGAGGGUUACUUUAUGGGUGCUUCUUACAACAAAAAUCAUGACGCCGAGUCCUACGUUUCCGGAGUAUUCAUUGGUUUCAUGACGUUAACUAAGGCACAACUAAUUUCGCACGUGAUCAAUUAUUGUACAGACCGGGACAAUUUUUUUAAACGGAUUCCGCUCGAACUUAUUAUGUUGGUGUGGGGUGUGUUCGGCUGGUUGUUUGCGGGUACCAUAAUUAUCCAUUUUUGGGGGGCCUUCAUCCCUUCAAAUCAUUUCACGGAGACUAAUCCUGCCUCUGUGGGGAUGUCCAUGGGGAUCAUGAGUUUAGUAAUUGGAAUGAUUUACCUGGUGGAAUGUAUCUUAAUAAUUGUCAUACAUAAUUUGGAUGCUAAAAGUGGACGGAAUCGGGUAGGACAAGUUGUCGUUUAUGGACCGGACCAAGUGGAGUACCGAGUCGUUCCUUCUCAAAAAACUUGAGAAUGAAUUUAGUAAAAAAAAUGCAAACAAAUUUUUUAAAGUUUAAAUUUGGUUAAUACUUUUUAAUAUAAUGAAGGCCAAUAAAGUUUGAAUUAAAUAAAAUUAGUUGAAUUGCAA